CCACCACUAUUGUGGAGUGAGUGUUGGGUAGAGAAGAACCUGUCAUGCUUUUCUUUGCUGCUUUCCAUCCGUGGGCUUGGGGACAUCGGAAAUAGUUGCACGUCCCACUCCUUUUGAAGAGGGAAAGGUCCAUCUUUGCCUAUUGCAACAACUCCGCCACGUUCUGGACAGAAGGAAGAACUAUUGAGCCAAAGCAGCAGUGGAACCCAUAUUUCUAAUGCCAGCGGCUUCUCUUUGGGAGAAGCGAUCCGACGUAGAUCUGCUACUAAUCGGGAGACAGAAGAAUGGUACCAACCUUGUACAGAAGUGGAUGCCAGCAAUCUGAUCGUGUCUGUAGGAUGGAGGCUCGGCCAGACGCCUAGAGCUUAUAACUUGACAGAGUUCCCAAUGAUGGAGGAAGGCUUUGUUACGCCCUCGGAAAUGUUCAGAAGGCAACACGUACCUAAUGUGACACAAACUCCACUCCUAGAUAUUCAGGACAGUUGCCUCUCCCCAAGAUUCCCACUUCUGGCGACCUAUUCGACUCAGGGCCAAACGUUCUUCAACGAGACCGUCUUCCAACCAACAGAAAUGGAUUUUGCUGUUUUGAGAGGGAUUCCAGAUGUUUCCAAUGCUGCUUCUGAGGACACUUCCAGACGUCUGCCAAUGAGAGAAGCUAUGCGACUGGCAGCCAUGGAAAUUGGCUCAGACCCUUCCAUUGAUGACCUCUCUUUGACUCAACACCCACUGGCUAUGAGUGCUGUCGCACCUUACAAUACCAGUCUGUCCCAGCAUCCCCUUUCUCUUUCUGGGAACAUUCCUAAUGAGCAGAGGAAUCAUAAUACAGAAGAAUCACUUUUUCUCCGAAAGGAUUGUAAAACCUUUGGCUCCAAGGAUGAGAUUUCUGGAGUCUUCUCUUCACCAAAGUUGCCAAACCAGCAGUUGGCACCUGCUCUUACUCCAGCUGAAUGUUGUGGCACUUUCCUAGGCCAGGAUCUCUUCCUUUUGGACAGCACUGUGCCAGCACCUCUCCUGCUUGAAAUCCUGGAAAAGGACAUGGGGUUGUCCAAGCAACAUGGAUCUUCUGAGAGUUCUUCUGGGAAAACUGUUGUGGAAAAGGAUCCAGAAGAAAAUGAAAUGAGUCAGCUGAUGGAGGAUGUUGUUUUGAUAGAGAAGGAGCCAGAAACAUCUGUAGAACCACAUCAGCAAGGAGGAACCAUUCCUGAACUUGACUUAAUGAUAGAUUCAGAAGGAAAGCCUGCUAGAAUUGAUGGAGGUGCCGAAAAAGUAUCAGAAAACACUCCAGAGGCAUUGGUUUCCAUUGGGGGGCUCAGGAUGGGUUUGGAGGACUCUUGCAGGAAUGCUGGGGGAACCUCAAGACCUCUGCAGAAUACGCCACAACUGCAGCAAGUCUCUGAAUUAGGAGAACAAAAAAGGAAGCUUGUUCCUUGCCAGCCAGUCGCUGUGGCUGAUGAAUAUGGUGAUAAGGGUAACAAGCAGUUGAUGAUGGAAACUCAGAAGGGAGCAAGUAAGAAUGAGCCCACACUCUUAGAUUUCACCAUAGAAAGAGAGCACAAGGAUACUUGGAUUUCACCUUCUUUUAACGAGGGGUCAUUUUUUGGACACCUGGCUCAUCCAGUUCAUCAUUCCACCCCAGGAUUUUUUGCAACUCGAAAGUUGGAAACUUCUGGUGCAGCCAUAGCCACCAAGCCUUUCCCCUUGUCUCCUCUUUCUUGUUUACAUGAGGAGAUUUCUAAGAAUCCUUCUGGCAAGAUGCAUGUUUCUUCUGUGGAAGAGCCCCGUGUCCAUUCUGUGAGUGACACCUGUGUGCCUUUUCCUGAAAAGCCUCUGACCCUUCAAAGCAAGGAAGAGGGGAAAAAUGAAACCAGUGGAGGCCUCCAAGGUCAGCGUCCCCUAAAAGGCAGGAUUAAGUCUCUACCGUCUCUUAAUUUCAUGGAGAAAGUAGGGGCCUGGAACACGAGCCAGUCACCUGAGAAGAUGUCGGAUGCUUUGGCCGUACAUGGCCCAGGAGGCAUCUCCCCUCGACAGAAGGCCUUCAGUGCCAUUGCGGAUUCCUUAAAUAGUAUCUUGUUGAAGCAUAAGAGCCAGGUUGAUCUCAAGCCAGGGCCAGUGGCAUCCUUUGGUGAAUCUAAGUCCACAGCUUAUGAUAAAAGGUCACCCCAUGCUUUACCACUUACUAGGUCCCAGUCUGAAAACUCUGUGAUUCUAAUCAGCAGAGAAAUGUCUAAGGCUGAAGGAAGGCAUGAAAAAAUCCAGGGCUUUGAUCUUGCUCCCAAAGAAGAUGAGAAUCAGGUAUCAGGAGAUGCAGAGGUUAAGCUAAGCAAGGCUAACAAUGAUGUAGAAGCUCUACUUCUCCAGCCUCUCACAGCAGUUUUAGUCUCUGCUGUGUCCAGUGAUGAAGAAGCAGUUGAUCUUGUCGCCAGUGGAAAGGGCUCUAACCCAGAUAAUUUUAUUACUAGUGAAAGGGUUGCAGAACUCCUGAGGGAACAAAGCGGUUCUCUUAAUGAUUGCCAAGAAAAGCCUGGUGGCUCUCCAGAUACGACUCAGGAGUUGCCAGGCUUUCAUCUUAGUGCCCACCGGAUCACUUUGGACCAUUUUACAGAUGUUUCACCAGACAGCUUAAAUCAGCUAACUAGUUCUGGGGCAGGCAGCUGCCUUGACUUGAGGCUUUCUUCAGGACCAUCUUCAAGACGGUCUUCAGCUAUUUCUGGGAAGUUGCAAAGCAGUCUCGAAGACAUACUACAAACUCCAGAUGACAGAGAGAUGAAUAUAGAAGAGAGAAUACCGGUAUACCUCCACAACCUUGGCAUCGAUCAGUCACCUUCAUCCAUAUUGACUCCAUUCAUGCCUCGAGGGCCAAUCAGAGAAAUUGAAUUGUCUCCAACUGAGCUCAGGACGCUGAAGGCAUCCACUGAUUUGUUAACACAUCGCAUGCAGGGAUCGGAAGGAGGCCCUCACUCCGUGGUUAAUGCAACGCAAUCAAGCUUUAACUCUUCCAUUUUAAGUGGGACAGUUCCAGCAGGAUCGCAAACUGGCCCUGGCAGUCCACUGCCCACGGAGCUUCGGUCACAGUCUUCUGUCUGCCAUCAGUUCCAGCUUCCUGCUUCCCCAGCACCAGGAUCAGAGGGCACAUCUGAAUCCUCAGUUGCUCUGCAGUCAGCAGAACGGAGUCAAGUAACCCCAGAAGUUCCUUCUGAUUCUCAUUCUGAAGAGCAAAAAAAGCCAGAAUGUGUACAGGCACUGACAGACAGAAUUGAUGCAGAGGAGCUUGCAGUCAGCAAAGCAAAACCAUUUUCUGGCUCUGAGGCUCAAGGAAAUAUUGAAAAAAGUAUGAAUAGAGAAAAAGAGGAUUCCUUCAUAAGGUUGAAAACACUGAGGGAAAUUGAGAAACUUCUGGCAGAGACAGCAAGCGGAGCUUCAGAUAGAAAUGUUAGUGCCGGCUCCUCAGUUUUCUCUUCUGCCGAACCCAGUUGCUCAUUGGAACAAAUCAAAAACAUCAAUGGCUCUGGAUGUUUUGGACCAGUCCCGGGGACUAGUGCAGGGUUCCAGAGGGUGUGGUCCUGGGAUGAGACGCUCAGCAGGCAAAACGUUCAAGAUGGCAACCUGCGCGCCAAACCCCUCAGCCUCACUGGUAGCUUAAAAUGGGAAGGCUUCCUUACUGGGGAUUUUGGCAGCAAGGGGGGAGCGGCUCCAGAAGAAAUGAGACCAACAGGCGAGGCAUACGUUGAGGAGGUCAGGAAAGUGAAGCCUGGGGGACGGUCUGAGCCAGAAGGUUGCAACAGUGUGGUGUCAAGUAAAAGCCUGCCUGUUUCUGGAAAUGGUGCUGCAAAGAGCGGCUUGGCUAGCCCCAGAGAUCUCACAGAACUCCAGGCUAAGCCUUCGAAUGUGCUGGAAAACGUUCAGCAAAUUUUGGAGAAAACCAAAGGAGGAGGCAGCAGCAAAGAGAUGGGUAGCAGCCAUGCAAGUGAAAACAGCAGCAGUGUGGACUCACUGGGUAUCCGAGUGAAACAUCUUCUGCAAUAUGAACGUCCUGUCCCACACAAAUCUCACUGGUUCAAUGAGCAAGAGCCCAUUGGAGGUGGCUCCAAACAAGGCUCACUUGGGGCCGGUUUAGCUGGUAGCAAAGGGGGGAACCCCAGGGCUGCUCAGAGCGACAAUAGCAGCAGCAGCUUGGACUCUCUGGCUGUCCGCGUCAGAAGCCUUCUGGAAGAGGAGCGCCCUGUGAUGCACGCCAUUGAGAUCCUACAGAGUGCUGAAGAAGAAGAAGCAAAAGUCCAUGCCUGGGCAAAGCUGAAGCGGGCGGCUGAACCUCCGUACUUUGUGCCUGAGUUAAAUGAAGAGGAUCGACGGAUGAUAGAACAAAUCAAGAGAGAGCAGAGUCUGAAAGCCCAAGGACACAAGCAGGGUUCGCUGUGGAGAAAUGGAAAGAUCUCUAGCUCAGAUCCUGUUUCAAAGGUCAGCUCAGAACUCUCAAAACUUCCAGAUGGCACUAAACUACAAAAGGCCAUCCAUACACAUAAUUUCAAACUAGCUGAAUUUCCAGAGGUGAAUACAGCUGAGACUGGACCAAUGCAUGGAACCAACUGUGCCCUUCAAAACUACCCAGAUGCAAAGCCUUCAAACAGAUUGCAAACCUAUGUCCCCAACCAGCUUCACACCCACUCAGAUAAUUCCUUGGACUCCAAACACAGUGUUCAUGUUCCCAUUGGAAGUGUCAUUGACACCAAUCUGAUGAACCUGACUAGUGACUCCAGAGCACUUACAGGACAUGGAGUGAAAACAUCCACCCAGGCUAAGCUGAUGGUCAGCAACUUUUCCACAGAACCUGCCAAGCAAAUUACUUCUAUCACGUUUGCAUCCCGCAAGAGGUCAUAUUCUCCUUCGACUUCCUGUUCUGGCCUUCAUAAGCCCACUCCUGUUUCAGCACUUUUGGGUAGCCAGCCUGUUAAUAACGAAUGGUUGACACCUGAUAGAUCACAGAAAGAACCUUUUAAACCCCCUGCACUCGUAGGUAUCGCACCCAUUCAGGUGCCAGAUCAGAGUGUUGGAGUUUCCUCAGGCAAAGGGGGCCAUCAAGGCACGUCCAUUGUUGGAAUCAAAAACGAGAGCAUUGUCUCAGUAGGAAAAUCUCAGGCUGAUCAUAUUGAACAAAUGAUCCACCACAAAGAAGCUCAGCCUUUCCCCCAAAUAUUUACUGAGUCGAGGAGAUCUGGGAAACCCUUAGGUGAUGUUUGUGAUCACAAACCUGACCCCAAAGGAAUGGUGGAUGAUUUAUCCUGUUUCACAAACAUCCCUCGACAGAAGACAGAUGAUGCUUGCCCCCAAGGUAGGUCUGCAGAUGGAAGCUUUUCUCAUGCCCCUGAGCCCAAAGGCAUGUUGAUGAAAGAGAGUAAAUUCCCAUUUGAUUCACAUUUAGAUAGGGCUGAAGACAUACAUGUAGGAAGCAGCAGUCCAUUACCAUCUCCUUCUCCAGGUCUCAAAACAAUGGACAAGCCAGGGUUUCCUCCAUCCCAGACCAGGAAAGCCCUAUCGGGUGUUCACAUUACUAUAUCUCCAAAGUGUGUAGAUAUGGAUCUUCCAUUUCGAUUGGACUCUAGGGCUGAAAUGAGACAUGUUGAUGGAGUUAAGAGUAAUCUUCAUCCAGCAGCAACUGUAAAUGCUCCAUCUCGUUCUUUAGAAACUACCUCUAAGUCAAAACUCAUAGACUUUUCCCAAAUGAAUCAGGAGUCUUCAUAUUUCCCAACCGCACCAGUACCAGUUUCUCAGGUUAAGCAUCCCCCUUUCCAAGUUGUGGCAGAACCAGCCCCAUGCCAAAGUCAGGAAUUGUUGGAAAGCAGGCAGAAUGUUCCAGCUGCAGACCAAAGCAGUGCUAGAAGUCCUAGAUCCAGUGGGAAGAGUCUGGAAGAGAGCGCAAAGACCACGGCUGCCUCUCAGACAGAAAGGAUGUCAUCAGACGCCAUCACUCAGAUAACCACAGAAAGCCCCGAAAAGACAACCUAUUCAGCAGAGAUAUUUGUCAGAGCUGACAGCAGCGAGAUGGAUGCUCCAAGACACCUUCCUCAGAAGAGACUUGAAUUCCUAAGCGGCACGAACCAGAGAUCCAUUUUGAGCAGACAGUCCGAUCCGCCGCUUUUGGUGCCUUACAAACCGCCAGGAAGUUCAGAGAUGUACUAUGUCCCCUGUUCGAAGGAAGCACUCAGCUUGUCUCGGAUCAGGUCAGAGACUACUGUGGAGAGCUCCCAUUCAGGAUCGAAUGAUGCCGUCCCUCCCAAAUUCCCAGCCCAGGAGCUUGGCUCAAGGGAAGAAAACCCUCCGGAUGCCGUAGCGAUCAAACACAAAGAGGGUAUCUAUAGUAAAAGGCCUGCAGCCAAGGAUGCAUGGACAGAAGAGAAAAUGUCAACACGGGAAGAAGUCAAAGAUAGUGCCAAAACCAGAACCCCCAUAGAAUCUGCCAAAGAUACCCAUUCAGUCUUCAGGCCUGGGGAGUUUUACCUGCACCAGCCAGUGCCUCUCCAGCAUGAAAUUGACUUUCUUUCUGGGAGUGAGGCUUUGAGGCAAUUCUCGGCACCAGAGCUCCCAGCCACCUCUUCCAAAGAUGUCUUCCGGCACAAGGGAACGUCCGAGAGAAGCCAAGCCCCUUUCUCACUGCAUCAUCGGAAAGGAGAGGAGAGAUUUUCUCCAUUGACGGCUGAACUAGACUACAGUUUUGUUGAGGAAUUACAGUCAGAAACAGACUCACCAACAAAGGAGCCAGGCCAACCAGACAGGAGGAAAACAGGUCAUGAAGUGGUGAAAGAGCCUCUUCUUCCAGGCCACCAAAGGAUCGGCUUAAAGGAGAACCUGGUGGCUGAUCACCCAGUGAUGAGGAAUGCACAUUUUAUGGGAAGCUUAGAUGAACUCUGGACCAAAUACUUAGACCGCCAGAAGCAGCGGCAUCUGCUGCAACACCAUCCUGAUACCAUCAGCAACAGAAAUGAGCUGUCUCUGGUAGAGCGACUUGAUCGAUUAGCCAGACUUCUGCAAAACCCUGUUAGGCACUCACUGCUGGUGCCUGCCAAAAACGAGAGAAGCCACGUCCAAGAAGAGGCAAAAGGAAAAGAGCCGAGGAAAAUGAGUUCCCAAGGGAGAGUGGCAUUCAAAAGCAACUUGGCACCCCAGAACACCGUAGAGGAGAGCUCAGGUGUUGCCAGAGCUGCACAGUUACCAAAAUCGAGGCCCCAUAAAGUUGGAACAGAGGUUGGCCUCAUGGAUGUAAACAAAAAAGAGUGCCAGGACUCUGAGACUCUGAGUGACGGCUCUUUGGAGAUGAGGCCGGUGAAAGGCUCCAGUGCAUUCAGUGACCACACCUCUGAAUCGGGGGUGACACAGCUGGAGACAGAAAGUGGCACUCAGACGGAGGCGAGUGGCUCCGUCUCCACCAUUGACACAGCCAGGCUGAUCCGGGCUUUUGGGCAGGACCGAGUGCACAUCACCCCUAAACUGUCUCAGCUGUACAGCACCAUCAACCUUCAGAAGACUCGCUCUGAGAAGGGGGCCAAGGGGAGCAGGAAAACCAGGGUCACGGAUCACCCCAAAACAGCUCACUCAGAGCCAGUGGAAAAGAGCACUCAGGCAACAGACUCUUUUGUUUCGUCGGACUCAGUUUCCACAGCCAGCGGCACCCGAGGACCCAGCUCUGCCCUCAACUGCAAGCGGAGUACGCGGAUGUUAAACAAGGCCAUUCAGGCAGGGGACUUUGAGAUUGUGAACAGCGCAACCAAGAAGCACACGCGAGAUGUUGGCCUGACUUUCCCCACCCCGAUGUCCAGCCAGGCGAGGUUUCAAGUUGACCUUGGGAAUGGAAUGGAAGACGAGGCGGGCGGAUGCAAUUCAGAGAGCAAGAGCAAACCAAGGAGGCAACCGAGCGGCUUCUUUGCAGAGAAACGGCCUGGGAAGAGCAAGUCUCAGUGUCUGCAAGGACUUUCCUGGUUUGUUCCCACGGAGGAAUUAAAGGCUGACCCCAAGAGAGGGAUUGGGUCCAUCAGCAUACCUGAACCGGGUCCUUCGUGGUUUGAACCAUUGCCGAGCGGGAAGCCCUGGCGAGAGCCCCUCCGGGAGAAGAACUGGCAGGAGGAGGAUCGCGGGGGCUUUCAGGUGCGUCUGGCAGCCCAGGCGAGAGACAUUGAGAAUAACCCACCCUCACCUUUUGUGAAAAUCUCACUGCAGGAGGCUCUGGCACUGCGCCGUCCCGAUUUCAUUUCUAGCUCUGGGGAGCGUGUGAAACGCCUCAAGCUCAUCAUAGAAGAAAGAAAACUACAGAAUAUGCUUCAGGGCGAGAGAGAGUUAUUAUUUAAUCCUCCCGAACAGAGGAGAAGUUACAGGAAUUCAGCUUUUUUUCCAAACAGAGACUACCGGAUCAUGCGGAGGAAAAGAGCCAUUUCCAAGAAUGAAAUGGUGCAGAGAUCCAAACGUAUCUACGAGCAGCUGCCUGAGGUGCGCAAAAGAAGAGAAGAGGAAAAGAGGAAAUCAGAGUAUACUACAAAUCGUUUGAAAGCCCAACUUUAUAAAACGAAAAUCACCAACCGCAUUUUGGGAAGAAAAGUGCCUUGGGAAUGAUGGUGAAACCAAUCAGUCAAAAAUAAAGAAGAGAAAAGAAAAGAGUAACCUUCUGUUUCAAUAAAGCCUAUUGCCUCAAGCCAAUUGUGAGAUUUUCAGCAUUUUCUCUGUAUCAGCCGAAAUGCUUGUGAAUAGGCUACGCAAUAAUUUUCUGUUUGCGCAAGGUAUGUUUCAUCAUUUUUAAAGAACUGAUAGAUCUCCUUCUUAGCGAAUAGAGUUGUUUAUAUAUUUGAAAACUAGUGACGAUUUUUUAAAAGAAUCCCAAUUUUGUAGCAAUGCGCUUGUUAAUUUCCAAAUCAAUGUAAUUUAAGAAAAAAAAUGUAAUACUAAUUAAAUCAGUGGAUUUUUGUGUGUAUGAGAGUUUAGAUUAUUUACUUAUUUAUUUUUUGAUACUUAAUUUUUUUGUACUUUCUAAAUGAUUUAAUUUUGCCUAUAUAUUUGUGGUUUUUAUUACUAAAAUAAUUAAAUGUCUUGAAGACUCUG